AUGGAUUUGUUCCUUGAUGUCAAAGUCGUGCAUCUCCGUAGCCACCAUGACAAGUAUCUCUUUGCCAAGGAAGACGAAGAAUCCGUUUCUCAAAUCCAAAACGGAUCCUCCCAAAAUACUCAGUGGACCGUCGAGUUCGUGCCUGGAACACACAUCAUCCGCCUAAAAAGCUCCUACAACAAGUACCUUACUGCCUCAAACCAACCAUUUUUACUAGGCGUGACGGGUAGAAAAGUGAUCCAGACACCUACUAGGAAUCCCGACUCAACUGUCGAGUGGGAACCCAAUAGAGAAGGGUCUCGCGUAAAGCUCAAGACUCGUUGCGGUAACUUUUUGCGAGCAAGCAGAGGGUUACCACCAUGGAAGAACUCAGUAACGCACCACGUUCCUCAUAGGAAAGGAACUCAAGAUUGUGUAUUGUGGCAUGUGGAUAUUGUGAAGAGUCAAUUUGAAACUCCAUGGAGUGGUCAUUGGCCCUCAUUUCCACCAGCUAUUCCUCGUGCAGAUUCAUUUAACUUUCAAUCUACUUCACCUUCUUCGGUUUCAACCAAUUCUGCACACUUUUCGAGCGAAGAGUCGAUUGAUUGUUAUUUGGACUCACCACCAAAAUCCAAAGGUAGGACUAUUUGCUACCAUGUAGCAGAUGAUAGCGGCGAGUUUGACGACAAGGCAUUGAAAGGUUACUGUUUUAGUUUUAGGGGUGACACCGUAGAUGAACUAACUCAGAAAUUGAAACAAGAGGCGGGGCCCAAAGAUGCCGUGGUGUGUGGUCGGAGUCCGUUGAACGGGAAGCUUUUCCUCGACGUUUGCAGCUUCCUCCCAACAAUAUGGAUAUUCAUGUUGUUUUAG